AAUUGCAAAACAUUAGCCAGGAUAAAGAGGGAGAACAAUUUCUCCAUCCGUCAAUCAUGGCACAAUUAGACAGAGAAUCCGUUCGUUGUGGAUGAACAGGGUGCCUUCCCUUCCUUCUGUUACGAACACUUGGCCCCUCAAAAUCCAGGCACGUUUUCCGAGGUACAGUACACAUUCCGGUUCGUUUACUGGGGGGACGCAAGAGCUCUGCAAUAACAUUUAGAGGGGAGCAGACCAACGUGUCAACUGGCAACUGAUAGGAGUUGUUGCCGGGAAAAGUUUACCGGCGCGAAUUUCUCGGCAGGGCGCCGCUGCGCGCAGAGGUCCUCAUCCAUUCGGUGGAGAUGACGCGGAGGCAGCGUAGCAGAUGCAGAAGACCGCAAAAAAGUGCAUGAAUUUGGUCUUUAGAAACGGAGGCCUGAAUUCGGCCCAGUCAGUGCAGCGGACGAGGAAGAAGAAGAUCGUGUGGGAGAGAUUUCUGCCGAGCUAGCUUGCCGCAUUGACAUUGAUUCAAACUCACUCAUCGAGAGAACGGGAAGGACAGAAAGGGAGUGCCGCAUUGGAGGACCUCGUGUUGUAGUUUAGUGAGUACAAGAAUGGCGUCAAUUAGUGGAUGCGCAGCUGUGCCUUUGAGCAUAGCGAGCCUGGAGAAGGUGCAGCCAUCGGCAAGGUCUUGUUGCAAGGGAGCUAAAGAGCUAAAGGUGAGGAGUGGUUUCUUCUCGGGAGCCGCUCUGAGGGGACAUGCAUACAACACCUCUCGGAAGACUGAGCGUUCACUGGAAGUGAAAGCCCAAGCUGUUAGCGAGAAGAUCCAGUCUGCAGUCGAUGUGAGUGGACCACGGCUUAGCAGCGGGAAGUCACUCGUUGCACCAACCCCGUCCGACUUUCAGUCUCGCUACAAGGAUGACGAGCCCCGCAAAGGAGCCGACAUUUUGGUGGAGGCUCUUGAGCGAGAAGGGAUUAGAACGGUGUUCGCUUAUCCCGGCGGAGCGUCUAUGGAGAUUCACCAGGCUCUUACACGUUCCAGCAGCAUCCGCAACAUUCUCUGUCGCCACGAGCAGGGGGAGAUUUUCGCUGCUGAAGGUUAUGCUAAAUCGUCUGGACGAGUAGGGGUUUGUAUAGCCACAUCCGGUCCUGGAGCGACCAAUCUUGUUACCGGGCUCGCUGAUGCCCUCUUGGACAGUGUGCCACUAGUGGCCAUUACAGGUCAAGUACCCAGAAGGAUGAUUGGUACCGAUGCUUUUCAAGAAACUCCAAUUGUGGAGGUUACGAGAUCGAUCACCAAGCACAAUUACCUUGUUAUGAACAUUGAUGACAUCCCUCGCGUAAUCAGGGAAGCUUUCUUUUUGGCAGCUUCAGGUAGGCCGGGCCCAGUCUUGGUAGAUAUUCCCAAGGACGUGCAACAGCAAAUGGCUAUUCCAGAUUGGUCUCAGCCAAUGCAACUGAAGGGCUACUUACAACGACUGCCUCGGCCACCGGAACCAACGUUAAUCGAGCAGAUUAUAAGACUCAUUUCUAGUUCUAAGAAGCCUGUAGUGUAUUCUGGAGGAGGUUGCAAUCACGCCAGCGAAGAGUUGAGGGAAUUUGUCGAGCUUACCGGAAUUCCUAUCACAUCGACUUUAAUGGGUUUGGGAGCGUAUCCCGAGUCUGAUCCAUUAAGUUUGAAAAUGCUUGGAAUGCAUGGAACUGUUUACGCCAACUACGCCGUGGACCAAGCAGAUCUGUUGUUGGCAUUUGGAGUGCGUUUCGACGAUCGAGUGACUGGUAAACUGGAGACUUUUGCUAGCAGGUCCAGCAUCGUUCAUAUCGAUAUUGACCCUGCUGAAAUUGGAAAGAACAAACAGCCCCAUGUGUCCAUGUGUGCUGAUGUGAAACCUGCGCUAAGUGAAAUCAAUGCCCUCUUGAAGAGUCAAAAGAGGACUUUCGACUUCUCCAACUGGGUGGCAGAACUAGAAGAACAAAAGCAGAAAUGGCCAAUGAAGUUUCCCGUAUUCGAGGAUGCCAUUGCUCCUCAAUCUGCCAUACAGACGCUGUACGAACUCACUGGUGGAAAUGCCAUCAUAUCUACUGGUGUUGGCCAACAUCAAAUGUGGGCAGCCCAGUGGUUCAAGUACAACGAACCGCGGCGUUGGUUGACAUCUGGAGGUCUUGGAGCCAUGGGAUUCGGACUUCCUUCUGCUUUGGGGGCUGCCGCAACUCAACCAGAUAUUCCUGUGAUCGACAUCGAUGGCGAUGGAAGCUUUGUGAUGAACGUACAGGAGUUGGCUACAAUUUUUGUGGAGAAGUUACCCGUGAAGAUCAUGAUCUUAAACAACCAACAUCUAGGAAUGGUCGUACAAUGGGAGGAUAGAUUCUACAAGGCCAACAGAGCACAUACUUACUUAGGUGAUCCAGAUCACGAGGAGCAGAUCUACCCCGACUUCUGUACAGUUGCAGACGGUUUCAAGGUGCCAAAUGCGCGUGUGGUGAAGAAGGAUGAACUAAGAGCAGCAAUUCAAACUAUGCUAGAUACUCCCGGUCCUUAUUUACUGGAUGUGAUAGUUCCCCACCAGGAGCACGUUCUGCCUAUGAUUCCUGGGGGAGCAAGUUUUAAGGAGAUUAUCACAGAGGGUGAUGGAAGGACUAUAUACUAAGAAGGAGAUGAUGUUCAUUUUUGUUUUACCGGCAUCUAUUUUACGAAGGAACAAGGUCUGUGAAGAUUUGAAUUUAGAUAAUCUGGUUGGUAGCAGUCUCUCUGUUUCAGUUUUGGAGCCAAAUUUGAGUCUAUAAUAAUACAUAUUCUGAUUGCUUAAGGCAGCUGCGUCCCGAAGUCUUAGGACAAUUUUAGAGACUUCGAUGGCAAGGCUUAAGUACAUUGAAGAGGUAGCCUUGUCCCGUGCUAGUGGUGCUCUUUGACACUAGGACGCAGGCUUUAUUGCAGGGAGCAAGCUUCAGUCGCAGUCGCAAGGCAUAUCGUGCUAUACUUGCGAUUAUGUGUUUGAAAUUCUAGUUCAGUUAGAUGGAUCCGUGGCACGUUGCUGUCAAGAAGUUUGAAAGAUUAUGAAGCAUCUCGAUGUACGCAUCUGCAGAGUCGCAGUAAAAUCUGACUCUCGAAGUUUAGAAAUCAUUCUGAAUUUCUUCACGGGCCGAACGUGG